GAAUGAAAAACGCCGAAAUACCAAAACCUUCAGCAUUGGAGAUUUUGUCCUUAUGCACCGUGAUGAUAAGAUGCACCAAGGUAAAUUGAAGUAUGAAUUCCAGGGACCUUUUGAAAUUGUGGGUAUCACACCAAAAGGUCGAUAUGAAAUGAAGAGAGUUGGUAAAUCUCUUGUGACUAAGGCUGCUAAAGAACAAUUGAGGAGUUGGCCUAGCGAUUGGUCUAUGACUGUGAACAUGGAGGAGCUUCUUGAAGAUUUAGAGGAUGAUGAGGAAGAACCAGAGAUUGCAGAUGGAACUGAAGCAAGGAGUGAAUGAUUACGUUGUCUGUUAUUAUUGUUUGCGAUGUUUGUUAUUUGUUAUAAUGUUACUAAUUUCUGAAUUUGUUUAAUACAAGAAUAUUUUGUAUUUUG